AUGAUGAGACCAUUCAAAGUUUUUAGGCGCAAUUUCACAUCGUCUGGCAUUUCUUUGCAGACAAAAUAUUCUCAAUUAUCGGAGGCCCAGAGGGCGUUUCUGGAUAGAAGUAUACGGGUUGACCAAGCCGGAGAACUUGGAGCAAAUUACAUUUACCAAGGUCAAUAUUUGGUUCUUUCACACACAAGACCUGAUCUGAAACCAAUCAUGAAGCAUAUGUGGGAACAGGAAAUACAUCAUCAUAACACGUUCAACAAUUUGCAAGUGAGAACGAGAGUGAGGCCAUCUUUGCUGACUCCUCUGUGGAAGGUCGGGGCCACUGCUUUGGGAGUGGCUACUGGAUUGCUGGGAAAGGAGGCUGCAAUGGCAUGUACUGAGGCUGUUGAGACAGUGAUUGGUGGACAUUACAACGACCAGUUGAGGGUAUUGGCCAACCAGUUCCCCGUGGACCUGGUGAACGAGGCCGGUGAGGUGGAAAAAGAGGGAGUCCAGUCCACUGAAUUGGAGGAUUUGAAAGCAACUGUCAAGGUUUUCAGAGAUCAGGAAUUAGAGCAUUUGGAGACGGCUGUGGAGCAUGAUGCUCAUGGAGCAAGACCAUACUGGUUACUUACGGAGACGAUAAAGUUAACAUGUAAAGGUGCAAUUUGGACUGCAGAGAGGUUUUGA